AAAAAAUCACGUACAAAACUCGAUCACCUUUUCUUUCUACGGAGUAUCUCCCGUUUCCAAACACAGCCUAAAAGGUUGACGAAGGUCCCCCGGAGAACAAUUCGAACGACGCCGUUGGAAAAUUUCCGGCUUCGCCUUUCUCUUUUGUGAUUUUGUCUCCUUACUUCUUUUUGGUUUUCAGACGUUACAAAAGCUAAAUUAGCUGUCUUUCUGAUUUUUCAAUAGCUUAAUUAUCAAAUUCCAGCAAUCUUCUCUAUCAGCAGGAAUCCUUUUUUUCUUUUUAGUUGAUAGCAACAGGCUGGAAAUCCGAUGGGGUGUGCGCAGUCGAAGAUCGAGAACGAAGAGACGGUGAGCCGAUGCAAGGACCGGAAGCAGUUCAUGAAGGAUGCGGUGACUGCACGGAAUGCUUUCGCGGCGGCCCACUCCAGCUACGCUGUUUCCUUGAAGAACGCCGGCGCCGCCCUCAGUGAUUACGCACACGCCGAAGCUCAAUUCUCUUCAGAUUCCGCCGCCGUCGUCUCUGCCGUGUCUACAUCUCUUCCCGGAGCUCCGGGUACCAUCCCUACUUCCCAAUUUGAAGUCCCGCUCCCUCCCCCGCCUCUUCCUUUCCUCUCGUCGUCUCACUUGCAGCGCGCUGUCACCAUGCCGGAGAUCUCCGGACCGGCGUCCAACAACCUGAGGAGCGAAGACACGAUCCUCGAGGAGACGGAGGAAGACAUUGAGAGUGAAAGUGUUCACAGUUUGAAGCGCCGCAGCCGUAAAAUCGGUGGUGGCGAUGGCGCAAUUGGGGGCAGACGGUCAGUUUCUACAGUGGAUGGUGAUGAAUUGCCACCACCCUCUCCACCCCACACUCCGCUACAGAAUAAUCAUCCCGCACCGCCUCAUCCUCUCCACGAUUGGGAUUUUUUCACGAUGGGUAACGUCACUGGACACUCUCUGGCGGACUUGGAUGAGGACAGACUUGAAAGAGCGGAGCAUGAACAUAAGAUGUUUGAGGAAGACGCUCAAAGAAGGGAAAAUGGUUUUAGCUAUGGCCAGGGAGAGAGGAGGAGUGGGAAAGAAGAGGCAACUGAGGUUGUGGAGAGAGCAGAGGUGCAGCCGCCACAGCUGCCACCCCAAACUCCUCAGACGGCAACCUCCACAAAAGUUGUGAAAAAAGUUAAAGCUCCAUCUCAACCUGAGGGUAAUAGGAAAGUCACUCUGCAACAAAUAUUUUCCAACCUCGAUGAUUAUUUCCUGCGGGCCUCAGAAAGCGCCCAUGAAGUCUCUAAGAUGCUAGAGGCAACUCGCUUGCACUAUCACUCAAACUUUGCUGAUCCUAAAGGGCAUAUUGAUCAUGCUACCAAGGUCAUGCGCGUCAUCACAUGGAAUAAGUCCUUCAAAGGUAUGAUAAACCAAGAUGAUGCCAAGGAUGACUUUGAUUCUGAAGAAAAUGAAACUCAUGCAACUGUGCUGGACAAGAUGCUAGCAUGGGAGAAAAAGCUCUAUGAUGAAGUGAAGGCAGGGGAGCAAAUGAAACUUGAGUAUCAAAAAAAGGUAGCAUCACUAAAUAAGUUAAAGAAGCGCGGGACGAAUACUGAAGCGUUAGAGAAGAUGAAGGCAACAGUGAGCCACUUGCAUACCAGAUACAUUGUCGACAUGCAAUCUAUGGAUUCAACUGUUUCCGAAAUAAACCGUUUACGUGAUGAUCAACUUUUUCCAAAACUGUAUGCACUUGUUGAUGGUAUGGCUAAAAUGUGGGAGACGAUGAAAGGACACCACGAAACACAAUCACAUAUCUCUCUGGCUCUAAGGUCUCUAGAAAUGCUACAAUCUCCCAAAGAAACAAGUGAGCACCUACAUGAACGCACUUUCCAGCUUGGCGUGGUAUUGCAAGAGUGGCACACACAGUUUGAGAAGAUGAUAAGCCACCAGAAGGAAUAUAUUAAAGCGCUAAACAGUUGGUUGAAGUUAAAUCGCAUUCCCAUCGACACGAAUCUCAAGGAAAAGUUGGUCUCCUCUCCACAAAGGCCAGAACACCCUCCCAUCCUCUCCCUUCUCGAUGCCUGGGAAGACCUGAUCAUAAAGCUUCCUGAUGAACUUGCCAGAAAUGCCAUAUACAGUUUCUCUGCGGUUGUUAACACCAUAGUGCAGCACCAAGCAGAGGAGAUGAAGCUGAGGGAGAGGUGUAAUGAGAUGAGAAAGGAGCUAACGAAGAAGACAAGGCAAUACGAGGAUUGGUAUCACAAGUAUAUGCAAAGGAGAACACCUAAUGAUGCUGAUGUGGCAGAUGAAGAAGGGAGUGGUCAAGAGGAUAGUGUUGUAAUUGAACGACAGGUGCAGCUGGAAAAUCUGAAGCAUAGGUUGAAAGAGGAGGAGGAGAACUACCAGAGGCAGUGCAUCCAUGUCAGUGAGAAGUCACUGACCAGUUUGAAAACCGGCCUGCCUGAACUGUUUCGGGCAAUGUCGGAAUUUUCUCGUGCGUGUUCAGCUAUGUACAAGACUUUAAAGUCUGUUGUACAUUAGCUUGCUAACAACGGAAGUAAGAGCUUGUUCGCGUUGCAAUGUAUUGAAGUGUUCAUAAUUUUUAAGAGUGGAGAGGAAUUCAAAAAACAAUGUGAGUAUUUAUUUUCUGUGUAAUUUUGACUGUUCAAUGUAGUUAUGUCAACAAGGUAAUGGGUUAUCUCAUUACUUGUUCGUGUAAAUACAUGAAAAGCAUUAUAAAUAGUUUCGAUAUGGGACUUGUUUGGUUUCAAGUUUCAACCUUAGAUGAUCC